UAAAUUGACUGAAACAAAGCGGGAGAAAGAAAAUGAGGAAAGCAGACAGUUUGGAGUUUUUGAAAAAUCUUCCCUACAAGUUAGUUGAACAACUUAUGCCGUUUCAAAGGGAUGGCAUACGAUAUGCACUGGAAAAGAAUGGAAGGUGCCUUAUUGCUGAUGAGAUGGGUCUUGGGAAGACCUUACAAGCACUCUCAGUGGCAUACAUCUACAAGGCAGAGUGGCCCCUGUUGAUUAUUGUCCCAUCUUCCUUGAGGUUUUGCUGGGUGGAGGAGAUUGAAAAAUGGUUUCCAGAUACUAGUCCAGAAGACAUCUUCAUGGUACAAACAGGAAAUAAUGCUAGUGGGAUUCAGAAUCGGAAGAUUGUCAUUACUACUUAUGGUCUGUUAUCUAAAACCACCAGCAAAGUUGUUCUUGAGGCCCUUACCAAUCAGAGUUUUCAGGUAGUGAUAGUAGACGAGUCCCACUACAUAAGAAACAUUAAGACAGCCUCCUGUAAAGCUAUCAGUCCUCUGAUCAGGAGUGCCAACAGGCGUAUUCUUCUCUCAGGAACCCCAUCGCUUUCCAAACCAGUAGAGCUUUUCUCCCAAAUUGAUGCUAUCUGCCCUAAUACGUUUGGUAGUUGGUGGACAUACACUGCACACUUUUGUGAUGCCAGGAUCCAAUACAUCGGCAAAAUCCGGAAAAGAAAUGUGGAUGGUGCAAGUAACUUGGAGGAGCUUCAGAAGAAGCUGAAGGAUGUUUUAAUGAUUCGCAGAAUGAAGGACGAUGUCUUAACUCAGCUGCCAGCAAAACAGCGACAACAAAUAUUGUUUCAACUCAAAGACUCUCCUGUCACCAAGAGCAUUGAGAAGACAUUCCAUGAACUGAAGUCUUCCAUGAAGAAAGAUCAUUGCCAAGUUGACAAUGUAUAUCGAAUGGCAACCAGUGAUGGCUUUUCUGGCAACACUCUCAGCCUGAUUCAGAAACUAUAUCAACUCAGUGGGGAGGCCAAGAUUGGUGCUGCAAGAGAAUAUGUAGCCAUGUUGUGUGACAGCAAAAACCUAAAGUUUCUGGUUUUUGCCUACCAUCAUGCCAUGAUGAAUGGCUUACAGCAGACUCUGAUGGACCAUAAUGUCAAAUUUAUUAGGAUUGAUGGUGAUACUAAGCCAUCUGAUAGACAGCUCUAUGUCCAACAGUUUCAAUCUGACCCAGAUACUAGAGUAGCUAUACUAAGCAUUCUAGCAGCAGGAGUGGGAUUGACUUUUACCAAGGCUACUCUAGUAGUGUUUGCAGAGAUGUACUGGACACCAGGGGUAUUAAUCCAAUGUGAGGACAGGGCACACAGAAUAGGACAGACCAGCUGUGUUUCUGUGCACUAUUUAGUGGCCAAAGACACCAUGGAUGAAUGGGUGUGGUCUGCAGUUUGUAGAAAGACCAUCGUGACCACCACUACACUGAAUGGUCAGAAACAAGUGAUGCAGGCAGACAAAGGGAAUAAGUACCAGGUGGAUCUCCUCUCAACGGCCGAUGUCUACAAGGCACCAUCUGCAGAAGAGGCAGCCAACACAGAUUUUGCUGCCAUUUUCUCAUCUCAAAAGUCAAAGGAUCAAACAUCGAUUUUGGAUUUCAUAGAUAGUGGUAAGAAAAGGAAAAGGAAAGAUGGGUUUUCUGUCAGUAAAGGAGAGAAGUUACUGGACAGUAGAUCUGACUCAGAGGACAUAGUGGAAAUCUCAGAUAGCGAUGAUGAGAAGAAGUCUUAUUCACAGGGAUCUUCAAUGAAAAAGAUGCGUAAAACUAAUUGUAAGAAGAAAAGAUUGUUUUGGACCAGAGAGGAAAAUGAUGAGGAAAAUGACUUUGUUUCUGAAAAGCCAAAAUUGACCAGACAAACUUCACAGAUAAAACAGACACACUCAUUGAUUGAUAAUUGGGGCUGUGCAAGAUGUACAUUCCAAAAUCAUGCUGAUCUUCCCUGUUGUGAAAUUUGUAAUACCCCAAAACACAAGAAAUCCAAGACUUUGAUUUCUACUCAAGAAUUGCCAGAUCCAAAGGUCAAUGACAACCACACUGAACAACAGGGAGAGUUUGGUGUGUUAAAAUGUGACGAUGACUCUUGUAUUACUGAAAGUAAUUCUGAGUUGUCCAAGUCUCCGGGUUUGUACUCCACUGUCUGCCUUGUAGAUUCACGUUCUGUAACUAAAGACAUGUUUUCUGACCAAAAAGAUAAAAAGAUCAAUAUAUGUGACCAUUCAGAGGGAGAAGGCUUCAGUGAGGAAAAAUGUGUUGAAAGAAAUCCUUCUUCAAAAUCCGACCAAAAGCAAAGGAGGAGUUUUUUCUUGGAGACUUACUCUCCAGUAAACGCAGAUGUUGAUCAAAGCAGCCAUUCAUCACAGAACUCUACAAGCAGUGACCAGUUUUCAGCAAGUGUACAAACUUCUCAAGAUAAAGAUGUCAUGGUGGAGAGCAGUAGAAACAUGAAUCAGGAGAUGACCUGUAGUGAAGAUACGACCAGUAGUGGACAGGAGACGAUAGAUGAUCAGGAGGUGACCAGUAGUGGACAGGAGACAAUAGAUGAUCAGGAGGUGACCAGUAGUGGACAGGAGAUGAUAGAUGAUCAGGAGGUGACCAGUAGUGGACAGGAGACAGUAGAUGAUCAGGGUAUUGAGGACUCACUACAACCAACACCAAGUGACAAGAUGAAACAAGAUGUUUGUGACAUUACAAAAGAAAUACAUGAUGAUGAAUGGGAUCAAAAUGCUGUGUCACAAGGUGUUACUAAGAUUGAAGAUACUGUCAUUGUAAAAGAUACUUCUGCCAUUCCAGUGUAUAAAAGCUUUUACUACAAGUGCAGUGCAUACACAAACAGAAUAUACCUAUACAAUGAGAAUGGUGACUCCCUUCAAGCCAACUUUAUGCCAUUGGAUGUGGAAAUGAACAACCAAGGGAACCUUCCAGAUAUCCUGUUACUUCCACAAAAUUUUAGACUUGUGCAGAAAUUCAUGAGAGAGUGGAAUAGUUUAACAGAAACUAAGCGCCGACUGAUAGUGAAAUCAACCAAGCUCUUUGACAGUCCCCUUGAUGCAUAUGAAGCUCUAAAAAGCGACAGAAGCACAACUACUAUCCGUCACAAAACAAAGGAAGACAUUGCAACUGAGUCACUAGCAAAAGCUGAUGAAGUGCAGGGCGAUAUCAGAGUUGUUAAACGAUCGUAUCACUCAGAAACCAGCUUAUUACAGGCUACCACGUCAGAUGGAAUUCCAAUAUGUUUGAAUUGCAGUAAGCCUUGUGACAAUCGCCUGCUCAAGAAAGAGACCUUGAAAAGCGUAGAAACUGCUUGGGCAACCAGGUUUUGUUCACAGAUUUGUAUGGACAAAUACUGGAUCCAAACUAACUCCAGUUAUUGCAGAGACCAGGUGUAUGAAGCAGAGCAUGGAAUCUGCCAGAUGUGCAACUUUGAUGCACACUCUCUGUACAAACAGAUAAGAAACACAGAGGAUAUGCAGAGAAGAGUAGAUAUUCUUCAUUCCAGUAAGUUUGACAAGCUGAAUCCAAAACAGAAAGAGAAAAUAGUCAAAAAUCCAGCUGCUGGACAGUUUUGGCACGUUGACCACAUUCGCCCAGUGUGGGAGGGAGGUGGACAGUGUGAUAUUGACAACUUUAGAACACUGUGUGUGCUCUGUCACCAGAAACUUACAGCACAGCAAGCCAGGAAAAGAGCAACCAUCAGGAAACUUGGGGUGGCCACUGGAAUGGCAGACAUCACAGCAUUUUUUCAGCCUAUAGGAAACUAGUGUCGAUAAAACAACCGUAUUAACUUUUAUAAGGAACUGGAAUAUUGCAUGAUUAUUUUUAUUUGUAUUUGAGAUUUUAUUGUGCAUGUAUUGGUAUUUGAAAAAAAAACAGGUUACCAA